AUGUCUGCCAUCACCAUCCCGAAAGAUGUCGCAUAUCCCGCGGCAGCUCUGGUCUCGACUUUCUGGUUGACUGUCUUCCAGACUAUUAACGUAGGCCGAGCGAGAAGGCGGGCCAAGAUUCCCUAUCCUCAGCUGUACGCAGAAAAGGCGGAAGCGGCCGCGUCUAAAGACGCUGUUAUUUUCAAUUGCGCACAGCGUGCCCACCAAAACACCUUGGAGUACCUCCCGACCAUCAUCACCGGGACACUGAUUACCUCCUUGAGGCACCCAAUUCUCGCGGCCGCGCUUUGCAGUGCAUGGGUGGCAUCUCGGUUUUUGUAUACAAUUGGCUACAGCACCGGUGACCCGGCGAAGCGUAACAACUUCUUCAGCGGCGUUAUAGGCUCCUUGGGAUGGUUCGCUAUCGUUGGUACAUCAACCUGGACGGUCAUUGAGCUGAUCCGUGCCCUUUAA